AGAGCUUGAUGGUCGUGAGGAAGGCGAGAGGCAGUGGGGAAGUGCAUCUUGGUGGUACCGCAUCCUCUCCCGUCGCCCCGGACUCCAACCGGUGUUAACCCGGCUAAUAUCUGCUGGAUAUCGGAGCAGACGUCACGCUGUCGGCACCACGUCAGUAGACCGGUUCGGCACGGUCCGGUUUUAUUUCCUCCCCCGCCAAAAACUCUCCAGAAACUUCGGGUGUUUUUAGAGGAGAAAAAGCGGAUAAAAAAGAUGAACGCGAGUGAGCUAAAUGCCCCGCUGGCGGAGUAUGAUUUCGAGCGGAUUUUUGACGAGAGACGAGCAUUGGAAUGGAUGCAGGAAAACUGGAGCAAGGCCUUCAUGUUCUGCGGCCUGUACGCCGUGCUCGUAUUCGGGGGUCAGCACUUCAUGAGGGAACGGCCGAAGCUGAACCUGCGACGCCCGUUGGUGCUGUGGUCUCUCAGCCUGGCCAUCUUCAGCAUCAUAGGAGCCCUGAGGACUGGACUGUACAUGCUGCACGUCCUCACAGCCCACGGCUUCAGGCAGUCGGUGUGUGACAUCAGCUUCUACAGCGCCCCCGUCAGCAAAUUCUGGGCCUACGCCUUCGUUCUUAGCAAGGCCCCCGAGCUGGGUGACACCGUGUUCAUCAUCCUCCGGAAGCAGCGCCUCAUCUUCCUGCACUGGUACCACCACAUCACCGUGCUGCUCUACUCCUGGUACUCCUACAAGGACCAGGUGGCGGGCGGCGGCUGGUUCAUGACCAUGAACUACGUGGUCCACUCUCUCAUGUACACCUACUACGCGGCGCGGGCGGCCGGCCUGCGGGUGCCCCGUCCCUGCGCCAUGGUCAUCACGGCCACGCAGAUCCUGCAGAUGGUGAUGGGCCUGGCGGUCCUGGGCCUGGUGUACCACUGGAUGCACGACGUGCACUGCCCCUCCAACGUGGACAACGUGGCGUGGGGCUUCCUAAUGUACCUGAGCUACUUGGUCCUCUUUGCCUUGUUCUUCUACGACACCUACCUCAGAGGCUCCUCCGGGGACAAAGGAUCCAAGGCAGAGUAGCACGUGGUCUACUGUGCUGCUGAAGUGUGCCAAUACGGAGAAACGACCAACAGCGAGGGGCCACGAAUGUGUGAAUCACAACUAGGUAACUGGUUGCUCGGCACUCCUCUUUUUAAGACAUUUUCACUUGACUUUUAUAGGCAUCUGUAGCUUAACACAGUGGAUUUAGAGCGUUCGGAAGGACGGAGCGGUUCUGACUGAGCACAGCUUAUAAUCUCAUGAUUAGUUGGAGUACAGUCUGGGAAUUGAUUUAAGAAAGGGAUGGAGGAAUAACAUGUUUGUGUCUCACUUCAUUUAUGAUUGCCUUGACUUACUCAUGGCCAGUAUAAAACAAACGGCCCUAUGAGGGAAGAGGUGUUAAACUAUGUUUGUACGUUGUAAUGAAAACAAGUGAUCACCCUUGAUGUAUACGUUAAAGCUCUGAAGUUGGGGGGGAAAAAGGUAUUUCUAUUAAUAUAAAUUAACAUUAAUUGUUUGAAUGCUUCGCCUACAGUAUUUGCAAAGACUUUCUACAAAGAAAGGUAAAAACAACAUGUGUGAGUUUUGGUGGGACUUAAGUGCUGGAACUACUUCUUGACAAACAACAGUUUAUUCAUCCGCCCGGUAGUACUCGUCUCUGAGUGUAGCGUGAGUCGCCAGAUACACCGGUGCACAGGUUUUGGUGUCUGUACAGAGACGGGUACGAAAGCUAAAAGUAAUGCCCUGUAACUUGUUCGUAUUCCACGUAUUUAUUAUUGUAAGCACCACAUUGACUGCUGCUGUAUAAGACGGCAAAUAUCCACGUAAAGCGGAUGUUUGACUCCUUAAAGGCAGGGCUUUGAAGUCAGGGAGUGGAGCUCGUGUCCAGGAAGAAAUUAAGGGGAAAACCCAAGACAUUCACCCAGGAAAUGGGUAUUUGUGUCAUGGGAGUCAACUUAAGGGGACUGGUGUUAUAACCCAAACCACAAACCUUUUUCUAAUCUCAACUAGUCAUUUUAGUGCCUAAACGUAACUGUUGGCACCUUUCUAUCAAAUAAACAUAACGGUAAACUUAACUGUCAUAUCGGCUAAAUGUGAUUUUUGUGGGAUUACGUCGGAACCCGUUGAUGAAAAUGCAUCAAAAGAGACAUUGGUACCAAACCUGGCAACACACAGUCAAUACUUCUAAAAAGUAACUUCCCGUAAAUAACAAAUGAUCUUUUUAACAUUUCUGUUUGUGUACAUAUGUAUAAACACAACCCAGAUACGUGUUAAUAAGUGAGCAUUAGAAGUGCAGCUAGCUGUGUUUUACCACUUUGGACUGAGCCACACAAGCUUUCCCCCCCCUCCUUCUUGGCUUUAUGCUAAGCUAAGCUAACCACACCCCAACUCCAGAGCUUUAACACUCCGACAGAAAGCGGAUAAGUGUAAUUGCCCAAAAUGUUGAACUAUUCCUUUUAAGAUAAUGUCUGUUUGAGCGCUCGCCCGACUGUGAGCUGCAGGAUAGUGAGUUUAUGAUUACCAAAAGGGAAUGACGACUUCACGAUGCACUGAAUGAAAGAAGGGUGUUUUCAUAUUUAGUUUUAACACACACACGCACACCAAAAACCACCGGGCAUCUUUUAUUAUCAACCUGUGUGUUGACAGUAAGAUGAGCCAUACUAACACACACCUAUUUGGUAAA